GAACAUUCUUGUUUGCCCCUUUCUGUCCUUUUCAGCGUUGUUGCGGAUUCGCUAUUCAUUUGAGGGAGGGAGCAUCCGAUGGAGAAGGAGAACACCUUCGAUCCGGAUUUGGUCCACGAAAUUUUCAAGCUAGUUUGGAAAAGGAAAGCUGCAGAGCGUGGGAAAAAUGAAUUAUCUGAGAAUAUGGACAACGAGGUUGGAGCUGGAUCAUCAAAGAGAAGUCGCCCUACCUUUGCUAAUGCAAAUGCACUGAAGCUGAGCUCUGAAUUCCUCCGAGUCUUUGUAGCAGCUAUACAACGUGCUGCUACUAUUGCUGAAGCGGAGGGCAGUAUCAAAAUAGAAGCAACACAUUUAGAGAGGAUACUUCCUCAGUUACUUCUAGAUUUUUAAGGUACUUGAAGGAGAUAUGGAAUCAUAAAGCUUUGUCUGUACAAGAGUCCAGAAAUGGGGUUUAUCUUCUUAAAAGUUGGAAUGCCUCUUUUCUCCUCUAAACGUUCUAGAUGUUGGAUGAUUUCUUUGUAGCUGUUGGACUAACUAGCAAACUUUGAUAAGAGAUGUGCUUUUAGGAUGUACGAUACUCCACAUGUUCUCGAAAAAUUAAAUUUUUGUUUUCUA